GCUCCUCCUUGAUUCAACUGUUAGGUCAAGAGGAAGAAGGAAAACAAAUUCAAGAGCUGCCCUUAAGCAUCUAGAAGUUUCUGUGUCCCAUCUAUUGAGAGGGGAGACUGACCCCAGAUCUGACUCAGCCCACUUCAGGCUUGACUCUCAAAGCACCAACAUUACUUGAAACUUUGGAAGAAGAGUUCUCGAGUAUCGUGGCCUCUGCAGGAAGCAAGGAGUUGACAACUGGCAAUAAAGACAGAAAUAUGGCAGGCUUGAGUCCCAGCCCUCAUGCAGAUCCUGAAAUUGAGCUUUUUGUAAAGAUCUCCAGAAGUUUCUUGGAAGAUACUGGGAAGUGUCAUAGGGGUUAAGAAGUUCAAAAAAUGGCUGGUAGUGAUGGGGAAAGUAUUGGAAAUUGUCCCUUUUGCCAACGCCUUUUCAUGAUCCUCUGGCUUAAAGGAGUUAAAUUCAAUGUGACUACUGUUGACAUGACCAGAAAACCUGAAGAACUUAAAGACUUAGCCCCAGGUACCAAUCCUCCAUUUCUGGUGUAUAACAAGGAAUUAAAAACAGACUUCAUUAAAAUUGAAGAGUUUUUAGAACAGACACUAAUUCCUCCAAGGUAUCCUCGCCUGAGUCCCAAGUACAAGGAGUCCUUUGAUGUGGGCUGUAAUCUCUUUGCUAAGUUUUCUGCAUACAUUAAGAAUACACAGAAGGAGGCAAAUAAGAAUUUUGAAAAAUCUCUGCUCAGAGAAUUUAAGCGCCUUGAUGACUACUUAAACACCCCACUUUUGGAUGAAAUUGAUCCAGACAGUCAUGAGGAAUUCACAGUUUCCAGAAGAUUGUUCUUGGAUGGGGAUCACAUGACAUUGGCUGACUGCAGCUUGUUACCCAAAUUGAACAUUAUUAAAGUUGCUGCCAAGAAAUACCGUGACUUUGACAUACCAGAAGAAUUCUCAGGAGUCUGGCGCUAUCUCCACAAUGCAUAUGCUCGUGAAGAAUUUACCCACACAUGUCCUGAAGACAAAGAAAUUGAAAAUACCUAUGCAAGUGUAGCUAAACAGAGUAGUUAAGACAGCUCAUUCAGAUGAAAAAUCUUUAUUUUUACAUUUCAUUUGUCAUAUUAGAAAGGUUUUUUGAAAUAAGAAUGUGAGAAAUACUGUUUUGCUUCUCCAACUCCUAUGAAAAAGAACUCUUAUUUCCUUUAUCUAGUUAGCCAUAACAAUAUGUCCACUGUGUAUUUUAGAGGUCUUCAUAUUUUCACCUCAUUUCCUUUUUUCCUAUAGUGAAUUAUUGCAAUAUUGAAAGAUGUAGAAAUCAUCAAGAUCCUUUGCCCUUUGCUUGAAUUCCUAGAAUGCAUGAUGAGUAAGCUAAAUAGAUGUCUGAUGUUAUAAAUGACUUAAGUAGAACCACAAUCUCCAACUGCUGCCUAGAAAUAUUUCCAUCUACAUCUUUAAAACAAUUUUACAUUUUGUUAUUUAAAUACAUACAUCAGUUUACUGCUGGUAUGAAUAAUGAAAUUAGCAUAGCAGAGAGGCAAAUUCUAAAAAUGUUCUAAAAAAUCAGCUCUGUUCUUGGGUCUUUCCCACCCACAUGGGAGAGCUGGUGGGCAUCUGAGGUGUAAACCAGCAGAUGGAAAAAUCUCUCUCUCUCUCUCUCUCUGCCUUUCAAAUGAAUAAAAAUAAAGAAAUAAAAUUGAAAAAUAGACAAACAAUAUCAGAAGCAAAUAUAUGGCAAAGUUACAAAAUCAAUUGGAGUUUUCAUUCAUAAAAAUAAAAAAGAAACAAAAUUUUGGCUGACCAAAAA